AUGUAUAUCCUUCUGAUAAUAUGUCUGUGCAUCCUGACGCCAUGGAUGGCCGAGGCCAUGCGCGACGACUACCUGAGGCAGUUGCGUCAAGAGACGGUGGAUAUGUUCUACCAUGGCUUCAACAACUACAUGGACCAUGCGUUCCCUGAAGAUGAGUUGCGACCAUUGACGUGCUCCUCGUUGACGAGAGAUCGAGAUGAUCCCACUCGGAUUGGCCUGAACGACGCCCUCGGAAACUACUCCCUGACGCUCAUCGAUAGCUUGUCGACCCUUGCGAUACUGGCUGGCGGACCGAAGGACGAAGCGUAUACUGCGCCGCAGGCUCUCAGCGAUUUCCAAGAUGGCGUAACCAAGUUUGUAGAAUACUACGGGGAUGGAAGGACCGGGCAGACUGGGCAAGGGAUCCGAUCCUUUGGCUUCGAUCUCGACAGUAAAGUCCAAGUGUUCGAGACUGUCAUCCGUGGAGUUGGAGGGCUUCUGAGUGCCCAUCUAUUUGCCAUCGGAGAAUUGCCCAUGGCUGGAUAUGCUCCUAGUCCCGUCACGGCGGCAAAAAGUAAUGAUCCUUUGGAGUUACCUCCUAUCCCCUGGCCCAACGGCUUCAAAUAUGACGGACAACUCCUACGGCUGGCCCUGGAUCUUGGCCAAAGGCUUCUCCCGGCCUUCUAUACCUCUACGGGCAUUCCAUACCCACGUGUCAACCUGCGUCACGGUAUCCCGUUUUAUGUCAACUCGCCUCUCCAUAAUUUUUCAGACGACGACAGACCGGAGGACAACCGUGAAAUCACGGAGACCUGUAGUGCAGGUGCAGGAAGUCUGACGCUCGAGUUUACUGUCUUGAGUCGACUGUCUGGGGACCCUCGGUUCGAGCAGGCGGCCAAAAGAGCGUUCUGGGAGGUUUGGGGCCGACGUAGCGAGAUUGGUUUGAUCGGAAACGGUAUUGAUGCUGAGCGAGGGCUGUGGAUCGGACCUCAUUCGGGGAUCGGGGCUGGAAUCGACAGCUUCUUCGAGUAUUCCUUCAAAAGCCAUGUGCUGCUGUCCGGCCAUGAUGCACCCAAUAUCUCAACGUCACACAGGCAGAGUGGUACGAACUGGCUUGACCCAAACUCAAUUCACGCCCCCCUCGCCUCAGAGUUGCAGUCGUCGGAGGCUUUUCUCGACGCGUGGCACCAGGCUCAUGCAUCGGUGAAACGUCACAUCUACACGGACCGUAAUCAUUUCCCCUAUUACUCAAACAACCAUCGUGCAACAGGUCAGCCUUACACGAUGUGGAUUGACAGUCUUGCUGCAUUCUACCCCGGACUUCUUGCCCUUGCUGGAGAGGUGGAAGAAGCUAUUGAGGGAAACCUCUUCUACACCGCACUAUGGACUCGAUACUCGGCACUUCCCGAGCGUUGGUCUUUCCGCGAGAACAACAUCGACUCUGGCAUAGGUUGGUGGCCAGGCCGUCCGGAGUUUAUAGAGUCCACCUAUUACAUCUAUCGUGCCACAAAGGACCCUUGGUACCUGUACGUUGGCGAGAUGGUUCUCAAAGAUAUCAAGUGGCGAUGCCAUGCGCCAUGCGGAUGGGCCGGGCUUCAGGACGUCCGCACAGGAGAGAAGCAAGACCGCAUGGAAAGUUUCUUCCUCGGAGAAACCGCCAAGUAUAUGUAUUUACUUUUUGAUCCAGAGCAUGCUCUGAACAAAUUGGACGCGCCGUUUGUCUUCUCUACCGAAGGCCAUCCCCUCAUCAUCCCUCGCAAGAAAUAUAGCACUUCUCGCCCUGCUAAGCGGCCCGUCACAGACGAGAAAGGCAUGGUGGCGGCCAAGAAUACGGAUGCGAAUUACACAAUCACCUGUCCUGUUCCUCCCAAGGCAGGGUCUCUUUUUGGAUCCGCCACUGCUGCCCGGCCAGAUCUAUUCGCGGCCUCCUUAUUUACAGACCUACACAAUACUCCGAACCUUCAUGGGCCCCUUGAAGCUGUCGAAGUCGAAGACAAGAAAAAAGGGCGGCGGCUGGUAAAAUACCGGCCCUUGUCAAACCACACAAUCUUUCCGUGGACGCUGCCGCCUGCGUCAAUCGGAGACAACGGCACAUGCUCAGCACCCCUCGAGCGUGUGAUUACCUGGAUUGAGUUCCCAACUACGGACGCCUUCAGCUCUGUCGUGUCUCGACUCGGCAACUCAAUCGUUCGAUUAAGCAACCAAGGCCCAACGGUCAAAAACCUGGAAGGCAUGCGGCUCCAGCUGAUUCGAGAAGAGGAAGAAACCACCGGAAACCACGUAUGGAGAAUAGCACAGGUCGGCGUGACGCAACUGGGACGCGACGAGUCCGUCUUCUUCCACGCAGAGCACGUCCGCCACCUCAAAGACGACGCCUUCACCGUCCUCCGCCGGACCAACGUGGUCGACAUCGAGCUGAUAGUCGACAGCCGCGAGGCCGAGAACGCCAGCAUAGCCGUCCCCGACGGGGACGGCAUCGACACGCAGCCCAACCCGGCAAGCCGCCGCCUCGCCGAGUCGGCCCUGGCCUCGGACUCGCUCAUCAAGUCCCUCUUCCGCUCCCUCUCCUCCGUCUUCGAGCCAGCUCACACCGGCACCCCAAAACUCCCCAACCUCGGAGCCGCGGGGGACUCCCUCGUCUACACAUUCUCCGCCUACACCCCCGUCGGCCGCGGCGCCUUCCCCGUCCCCUCCGUCGUCGACACGCCCGUCGUCAACGGGCCCAACUUCAACGCCCACGACCCGCUGGCCAACUUCCCCUGGCGCACCGUCUUCCUCGCCGGCCACGCCUGCGACGGCCCGCUCCCGGACCACGUGGCCCGCCAGCACACCGUCAUCGUCAUGCGCCGCGGCCGCUGCACCUUCAGCACCAAGGUCGACAACAUCCCCUCCUACACGCCCACGUCCACCUCCCUGCAGCUCCUCAUCGUCGUCGACGAGGACGAGUACGCCGAGCCCUCGAGGCCGUCGCUCGAGACGGAGCAGCUCACGCCAAAGGGCAUCAAGCGCCUCCACGGGGUGCCCAUGGUCCUGCUGAGCGGGGCCCCGGGCGACUACAGCCUCUUCUCCAAGGCCAAGGGUGUGGGGAUGCGCAGGAAGUACGUUGUGCAGAGCCAGGGGCUUCCGGUCGAGAACGCCGUCAUAUUAUAG